AUGUACGGCUUCAAGGUCGAAGCCUCUGUCUCGCCCGAUGGUCGCCUAGUGGACAUGAGUGAACCACAUCUUGGUUCAGUAGCAGACCUCACCAUCCUGCGCUAUCGUAUUGACAACCAUCGCCAUGCCUUGACCAAGUCGGCGGAAGAGCUCUUGGUGCCCGACCAUGGAGAACAAGCACAAGACCACCCCGACAUGUGGGUGAUGCUUCUCGACAAGAGCUACUACGGUGCAGCUGCAGACCUUCGAGCGAUUCACCCCAAGAAGAACCCACCCCGUGGUCUGCUGGACCAGGAUAACAUCGCUCGUAAUCGACGCGUCUCGUCGGACACAGUUCUUGUGGAGAACAUUUUUGGUCGUGUGUGCAGCUUGUGGAAAAUUUCCUACUCGACGAUUGCAUGGAAUCAAGGUGUUUACGAUGAGAUUCAACGUCACUCAUUUACUGUUUGUGGUAUCGUUCUGUUCUUGCCUGUUAUGAUGCAAUGGCCCGAGCCAACGCAACGAAGCGUGCUGAAGUGCAGCGAAAGUCCCGUCAUCGUCGAAUGCAACGCAUAUGCUCUUAGUCGUGGACGUGGCAACUUCUAA